AUGUCUGUUUUUAGAAUCCCUGAUGGAAUAAUUGAUGAUAUCCACAGCCUUAUGGCAAACUACUGGUGGGGGCAGAAAGGAACGGAAAGAAGGAUUCACUGGAGAAAAUGGGAGAAUUUGUGCAGGCCAAAGGAAGAUGGAGGGAUGGGGUUCAGGGAUCUAAAGAUUUUCAAUAAAGCCAUGCUUGCAAAGCAGCUUUGGAACAUUCAUAUUAGACCUACCUCUUUGGUGGCUCGGCUGCUCAAAGCUAAGUACCAUCCGCGUACUUCAAUAUUGGAAGCAAAAUUGGGAUGGAGGCCAAGCUAUGUCUGGAGGAGUUUAAUGGGAGCAUUGGAUCUAUUGAACUUUGGAAGUCGUUGGAGAAUUGGCUCGGGAGAGGAAGUCAGAAUUUGA